AUGCUAUCUCGUCUUCAACCUCCAUCCACCCACACAGCACUAGAAUCUUUCAUAUUCCCCGAAACACGCUGGCUUGGUGGCGAUCACGAUGGAUGA